CCGCAAUAUAGCAGGUGAACAGAGCCUUCAAACAUGAAGGAAUAGAGGGGCUCAUGGCAGAGGGGCCCAGAGCGGAGCGGGCUGCGUUGAAGAUCCCGCUCUGGGCGGACGCGUUGGAGAUGCCCCAAGAACAUAAACUGGAGAAGUCGAAAAAAUGAGGCAAAAGAACUUCACCUAAGGUGUGCGGGACAGCAGGGGAUUGUUUACUUCUGACUUCCCUAGUUUUAGAAAUUGAACCAGACAAUUGUCUUUAUAAGCUCAAUCGGACAGAAUUUAGAACUCACAUCAAGGAUUUGUUUUUGUGGGUUGUUACUACUUCGUCUUCCACAAUGAGAAAAGGAUGUAGUUCUGGUUUUGGUGUUCAAUCGACUGCUGCUGCUGCUCGUGUAAGAGCCCUUUUACGCUAUUCUCUUUUUCCGAAUUCAUACCCUGAUUCCUGUUUUAGCUUCCAUUCUUCUGCUGAAAUUUCUUCAUGUAGCAAGAGUUGUUGCUCGAAAUCUGAAAGUUCUAGGCUUGGUUGGCUGAGGAAUGAGAUUAAUGAAAUCAAAAGUUUAGAUGAUGCUCGUGAUGUCUACUCCAAUAUGGUUCGGAUGAGGCCUCUCCUAAUGUGAUUCAAUUCAAUCAGCUUCUCACGCGCGUCAUUUGUAUGAAGAAUUAUUCUGCUGCCAUUGCAUUUUACAGAGAUAUGUGUUUUCAGCGUAUCCAAGUGAGUGUUCCCACCAUGGGCAUGGUCAUCAAUUGUUACUGUUUGGAGGGUCGUUCAGAUUUGGGGUUUGCUACAUUAGGAGCCUCCUUCAAGCGUGGGCUUGCGCCUAAUGUCGUCACCUUUGGCACUUUACUCAAGGGAUACUUUCGACAACAUAGGGUUUCUGAAGCACAAGAACUGUUCAAGAAGAUUAUACGUGAAAAGGUGUGUCAACCAGACGAGAUGAUGAUUGGGAUUAUAAUAGACGGGUUGUCUAAGGCUGGGAAUACUGAAAAAUCUAUUGAGUUCCUCAGAAUCAUGGAAAACGAAGAUAUGAAACUUGACUGUAUUCAAUACAACCCCAUAAUUGAUGCCCUCAUGAAGGAUAAGAUGAUGGACCAAGCUCUUGAUCUUUUUCAUGAGAUGAUUGAGAAGCGUAUUGCUCCUACUGUUGUUACUUACACUUGCUUGAUCCGGGGAUUUUGUAAUUUACGCAUAUGGGAUGAGGUCAAAAGAUUUUUGGCGGAGAUGACCCGUUUUGGAAUUGCUCUAGAUGCAGUCACUUACAAUAUUUUGAUAGACUCAUAUUGCAAGGAAGGACGGAUGAAAGAUGCAGAAGGUAUGCUUCAAAACAUGAUUAAAAGAGGUGUGACUCCUACUAUAAUCACGUAUAAUACAAUGAUGGAAGGAUAUUGUUUGCAAGGCCAUGUAGAUAAAGCAAAGAGCAUUUUUGAUAACAUGGUUUCUGGUGGGAUUGUUCCUGACAUUGUUUCCUUCAAUGUUUUGAUCAAUGGAUAUAAUAAGCAACUGAAAUUUAUCGAGGCUAUGCAUUUGUCACAAGAGAUUCAACAUAAGGGUCUAACUCUUGAUAUUCGUUCGUACGAUGUUAUCUUGAAAGGAAUGUUUCAAUUAGGGGAGUGUUGUGCUGCCAAAGAACUUUUUAGUAAGAUUCAAAUGAGUUCCUUGAAACCUAGUUUUUACACAUACUGUGUAAUGCUGGAUGGAUUAUGCAAGAACAGAGACAUUGGCGAAGCAUUACUACUUUUGGACAAGAUGGAAGUGGAUGGUGUAGAGCUAGAUAUUAAUUACCAUGUAUACCAUAAUCAUUGAUGGAUUGUGUAGAAUUGGGAGACUUGAUAGGGCUCGAGAUAUUUUUAGUUGUUUGUCUGCUAGAGGAUUGAAUCCCAAUGUUGUGACGUACAAUACAAUGAUAACUGCCCUAUGCAAAGAAGGUUUGGUAGAAGAAGCUAAAGAGCUUUUUAUCCAAAUGGAAGCAAAAAGUUGUUUGGCAGAUGAGAUUACUUACAAUGCGAUUAUCCGAGGAAUGCUUAAGGAUGGUAAGUAUGACGAUGCUGCAGUUUAUUUUCAAGGAAUGCGAAGAAAAGGAUUUGUUUUGGACUUAUCUAACUCAUCAGACGUGCUAGAUAUAAUCUCCAAAAGAAAAAGUGGUGCUCUUCAUAAUGUACUUCUGAAGUCUGAUGCCAAUAACAGAACAUGAAAACUGUGUAUGUUUUGUAAACAUUCAACAAUGCAUUUACCAAAGGGACAUCAUCAACUGUGGAUUUCUUCUGUGGUUCUUAUUGGUGACAAAUGGUAAAAUUAGAUGUUGCAGUUGGAGAUCAAAUUGGAAGAUUCUUGUUAGGAAGCCGACAUCAAAAGUUUGGGCAGAUUCCUUCACUUACCCCCAGCUUGUGGUAGGAUAAUGAUCUAUUCUUUUGUUCUUAUACAAGGCUUACGAGGAACUGCUGCUGCAACUAUGCUUUUCAUUUCUAGCUUCUACGCUAUGGUCAACUUACUCUUUGGUUUUGCAAUAAUGUUGUUUCAUGUGUACUUUGCAGUUUAUGAAGCGCUCAUGUUUAACAGGUGCCUAGAACAGUUAGGAUGGGACAUUUGGCCUAAGCAAGAUCCAUCGCAAUUAGUUUUGGUCUCUGACUCUCUAAAUGUGUCAGAAACCUCUGAUUGAUUAUAUGAGCUUCAGUUUCAUGUCUUUGCGCAGAACAUCCACGGGUUAUUUCCCGUCUUUAUUUUUGUCUAAAUUACAGUUUUUCCGUGAGUUAUGUUCAUCAUUUGUUUUCCAGCAGCCGAUCCUCUGAAGCUCUAUGUAGUUCUGCCUAUGUCUACGUCGAUCGACAUGAUCCUGCUUUUUGUUUUUUUUUUUUCCCUUUCCUACAUCUGUAGUACUUGGCUUUGCUCCGGUCUGGUGGGUAAGGACUAAGACGCGACCCUGAUUUUGGUUU